CAGCGCGGUAACGGGUCGGAGCCUCCAACGCGCAGAGGAGCGAGCGGAGGGGCGGGGCGCGGGCGGGCGGAGGAGCCGCGGGGCACGGGCUCCGCGCGGGGAUUGUGUCCGGCCACCGCGUACUUUCGAGGGCGCCUCUACAUUCGGGGACUGAUGCCCUUGGCCAUGAGGCACUCCCAACUGCAGUCUGCUCAGGCGCAGCCCGUGUGACUGAGCCACCACUGCGCCAGCUGUUUCACGUCACCGUUCCCUUUACUGAACAGUUUGAUGGGGCGCCGGGCGGAUGACAGCGGGAACGGUUGUGAUCACCGGCGGAAUCCUAGCUACGGUGAUCCUCCUCUGCAUCAUUGCCGUGCUGUGCUACUGCAGGCUCCAGUAUUACUGCUGCAAGAAGAGUGGAACCGAGGAUGCCGACCAGGAGGAGGAGCAGGAGCACGACCUUCCCACGCACCCCAGAGGCCCCAGCUGCAAUGCCUGCAGCUCCCAAGCCCUGGACGGCAGAGGCAGCCUGGCGCCUCUCACCGGGGAGCCCUGCAGCCAGCCCUGUGCGGUGGCAGCGAGCCACUGCACCACCUGCUCCCCAUACAGCUCGCCCUUUUACAUACGGACGGCUGACAUGGUGCCCAACGGGGGUGGAGGCGAGAGGCUCUCCUUUGCUCCCACAUACUACAAAGAGGGGGGACCCCUAUCCCUCAAACUGGCAGCACCCCAGAGUUACCCGGUGACCUGGCCAGGCUCUGGGCGUGAGGCCUUCACCAAUCCAAGGGCUAUUAGUACAGACGUGUAAACCCUUCCACCCCAACCCGCACACACGCCCACACUGCUGCCCUGGCGGGAGCCGUGUACACACUAGCUGACCCUCCAACAGCCCCGCACGGGCUCUCUGUUU